AUGUUUUUCGAUCUUAAUGUCCCUAUUAAAAAGACUCAACAACGAGCAAAUGCUUCAAAAAAGGGAAAACAGCCUCAACAGGAAAUCCCAGCGUCUUGGACACCUUCUGAAAUCUCAGACCUCGAAUCACGAAUUGAUUUACUGAUUCACUUAGGAUAUUCCGUGAUUGGGCUCUCCCAGACCGUUCAUAAAAAAGUGGAUCCAAAAACACACGUUAAUGUUCUAGAUAGCCUCCUCGGUAGGCUUCAAACACGUCCAGGGAUCGUGUUCCUGAAACGAUUGAAUAUUGUACUUGAUUCAGAAAGCGAGAAAGGAUUCGGACUGAUAAAUGCAAACGUUGCUCUGUUCAACGGCUAUGAUCUGAUAGCCCUCGUCCCUACAACACACAACACAUUAUCUCUUGCGUGUCUUACACACAGUAUGCCAACACCGUUGACCGCGCAUAUAAUCUCCCUUCCACUUACUCUACCACGCCUUCCGUAUCACCUCAAACACACCCUUAUCCGCACAGCGCUUAAAAAUGGCGCUGUAUUCGAAAUAAACUAUGUCGGUGCGCUCGGAGGGGAAAACGAUCCAGUUCUUGUGGAUGCCAACGUUGCUGAGAGUGGCGCUUCUGCUAAAAGAAAUUGGUGGGCGUCUACCCGUGAACUCGUCCGAGUGACAAAAGGCAAAGGUCUUAUUGUCAGUGGAGGUGUCAUAGCGGAGGCGGAUUUGCGGUCACCAAGAGACAUCGGAAACAUAAUUUCGCUCUUGGGCCUUUCGCAAGAUGCGGCUCAUGAUGCGUUGACGAAAACACCGAAGUCGCUCAUCAUUCGUGCUGAAACACGAAAAACGUAUCGGGCGGUAUUAUCUGAACCAAAGGUCGUUUUUCCCCCUCAUAUGGAACCGAUGGGCUUGCCCACACCUCAAGAUACAACUGAGGUCAAUACCCUCAAACGCGCACGGGAAGAUAACAGUCUUACAGUCCUACCGCCCUCGACAAGUGCAGCCAAGAAAAAGAAACGUAAGCCGAACAAAGAGGUCGCCUGA